UAAGCAUUUAUCUCAAAAUGGCGACUCACGUGUUACGAAGAUCAAUCAAUCUUCUUCAUAGAGUUUCAUCGCUUCGUCUUCAGACAGCACGACAUAUUUCCGUGAUUGCAAAUCGCUAUGCACUCAAUAGCUACGACAGUAAAUUAAAUUUGACUGAAAAAGUGCAAGUCUUUUCUUUGCCUGCAUGGCGAGCAAGCACUUGCAGAUUAUACAGUGAAGGGCCAUCUUUAACUUCAGCUGAAUUAGAGGAAAGAACCUUGGAAGUCAUUAAAUCAUUUGAUAAAGUUGAUCCAGAUAAGGUUACACUUGAUGCACAUUUCAUUAAUGACAUGGGUCUUGACAGCUUGGAUGUUGUUGAUAUUCUCAUGGCAUUUGAAGAUGAAUUUGGUGUUGAGAUUUCUGAUGAACAAGCAGAGAAGAUUUUCACCCCUAAAGAAGCAAUUGCGUUCAUGAAAACUUUUCUUGAUAUACAUGAUGAUCAUUGAUUGAAUAGUAUAGAUAUUAAAUGUAAAGUUGUUGAAAUCCUUACAUGGAAUCUAGUAUGGUUUAUAUCAAAUGUCAUUGUGAAGUUUGUAAGAAAACAGAAAAAAAAUAAUUAUUUUGUGCUAUCACUCCA